AUCAAAGGAAGAUAACCUCAAUUCUAAGAGACAUUUGGUGAACAAAAAAAACUUUCGUAGUGCUGUCAGUGCCCAAAAGAGCUUGUUUUGUAGUAUUUUCAGCGUUCCCUCUCUAAAAAAUAGGAUUUAAUGUGAAAAUGUGUGAAAAUUGGCGAAAGUGGUGUAGAUUGUGUGCGAAAAAAGAACUCAAUGAUGAGAAUCAGAUUUGUGAAAACGAAUCUAUUGUACAGGAUCUACUGGACAUCGCUAAGAAAUACUUUUUGAUUGCGUUAGUUCCAUUUAAAGGGACUAAUUCUUCUAUCUGCAAUGAUUGUGCCAUUUUCCUGACCAAGCUAGACGACUUUGGUAGUCAUUGCUUGAAUGUUGAUCAGAUGUUCAAUCAUCUGAUUUUCAAUGAAAAUAGCAUAGAUGCUUCACAACUGGAUUUGGAGUCGAUUCGUUUGGAAUUUGAAGUUGAUGAAGAGGAUAAAGAGGAUGAAGCAGAUGAAGUUGAUGAAGUUAGCGCAGACAUGACGCUGGAGGAAGAUAUGAUUGAUUUCAGUUUAGAUUUUGUUGAUGAUGUGGAAGCUCCUCCGGAGCAGAUAGAAUCUCCUAAUGUUGCGUCAGCUACUUUAACACCCAGUAAACAAGAAAGUCCAAUGAAAUCCAUCACAGAGCAACACAUAGAAACAAAACCUGGUGAGCCUCCAAGAAAGAAAAAAAGGGGACAACCAACAAAAUCCGAUCCGCCAAUUGUGUGCAAAAUUUGCUUAAAACAAUUCAAAUGUCUUUACAUGUUGAAUGAUCAUAUGAAGGUGGAUCAUCAUAUGAAGGAUCAUAAGGAUUACUACACAUGUGAGCACUGUGAUAAGAUAUUCUCAGGACAGUACAUAUUGCAGGCGCACAAAAUUCUCAAGCAUCAGAAAGAUACGCGAUUUAUUUGUGAGAAGUGUGGGAAUUUCUUUGCAACAAAAAGUGAUUUUGAAGAUCAUAAAUUUACCCACUUAGUCGACAAAUCGCAGCCCUGUCCGGUUUGUCACAAAAUGUUCGAGGGUAGCCUGAAGAAUCACAUGCUGAUGAAACAUUGUAAGACGAAAAGGAAAAGCGCUUCAACGUACUGAAUUUUUAAUAUAAUUCAUAAUCAUCAAAAUUGUCAAAAGUACAAACAAGGCUAAAUUUUUCAGCACUUUAUUCGCUCUGGGAGUUCAUGGGCUACCACGAAAGAUUCCGUGGGUAGAUCAACUGACUUGAGUAAGCGAUUAAUAAAAAAAAUUAAUAUUAAUUUUAAAAAAUAUAUUUGUAAAGAACAACACUUUAGGAAUAAAUUAAAUAAAUGAAUUUGUUGUACUAAAA